AUGGAACCGGGAGUUCAAACUGCGGACAGCAGGCCGUUGCCCAACACUGUAAAUCGUACCAUCCUGGUGUUGAGGUACAUGGCCGAGCUGGAUAUCGCUCCAAAACAAUUCAUGGUCACUUUCAUGUCGUCCAUGGAACCGGAGAUCAAAUAUUGUCGACGCCUGAUGAGGACCGGCCUGGGGAUUGAGCAAACCCGUUCAAUCAUCAACAAUUUUGGCAAACACACAAAGUCUUGCGAAGAAGGUCGUGCGGCGUGGGAGGAAUUGAUAUUGGACCAGGCUUCAGACAUCGUGAAUCAUCAAGGAUUGCCCCGCGGACAUUUCCCUACAGGUGCAUAUGUCAGUUCAAACAGAAUCACCGCCGACUUUUUCAGCGAGAGUUCUGAAACACUUCGCGAAGAGCAAGUAAAAAAAGGAAUGAGCUUCCUAUACUCACUCAUUCAUCAAAAGGUCCAAACCGACCUGAAUCAUCCGCCUGAAGGUGAACAGGAUGACGAAGCAGAUGAAGACAAUUCCUUCACCGAUUGCGCCUCAAACACUGCCAUGGCCUCUGUGGACGGUAGCCCAACGGUUGAUGGUGAUCUAGAUGAAGAUACUGUAAUGUCCAUGGAGAACCUGGUAUUCGUCAAACCUUUGGACAAGGACCAAGCUCGUCACAAGCUGGCAAAGGUUCAAGCACCUCGUUUCUUAAUCAAUCAGAUGUAUUCGAGCUGA